AUGGAACAUCAAUUCAUGCCUGAUUUCCCAAUAGUCCCCAUGCGUAAGUCCGAUGCUGUGGAUGUGACCUUUGCGUGCACGCAAGCCAUGAACGGAUGUCUCUUAGAGAAGAAUGCGUUAUCUGCGCUUCAAUCUUUAACAUCUCUUCGCAAGGAAGCGACCUCACAUGAAUUCAGUCAAAGCCAUCGUGACGCGUGUUGGAAGUACAUAGAGAUACUCUCGCAGAUCUGGUCGAAAGCACAAAUCCACUUGAACUUUGUGUGGUACGACACUUACUUAGUCGACGACAAGAAACCUGUGAAGUACACGUCGUCCUCUUUAGACUUUGAGAAGGCGAAUAUCCUCUAUAACAUGGCAUGUUCCGAUAUGGCCUUAGCCGCUUCGUUCACUAAAAGUUCCUCUGCGGACUCGUUGAAGUCUGCCGUCCAAAUCUUCCAACAAGCUGCUGAUGCGUACCAGAAGUGUCUUGAUGCGUCUCAGAUCAGUGCGCAGAACAAAGGCGAUUUGAGUCCCAAACGACUGCAAACGUUAGUUACUAUGGCGCUUGGCUGUGCUCAUUUAGUGAUGCACAUCAAUGCAUCUACACAAGGGAAGAGUGAAGCAAUUCAAUUGAAAUUGGCUGUUGGUGCAAUGAAUCAAUUAAAACCAAGUGUGGAGGCGUUUAAAGCGUUUUACGGGCUCGGCGUGACGUACAACUUCAUCUCGAAUUUUGUCGCAAUCAAGAACUAUGCGAUAUACUGCGCACAGAGUCUUGCGGCGGAACAGUGUGUGCCCAAAUUGGAGUACGGAGAACAGAUUGCGCGACUCCAAUUAGCCGUCCAGGCACUCGAUAGAGCUGCGUCGAUAUCAUAUAACAGCGCGAGUAAAGGAGCUUUGAAGAAGAUGCACACGGAGCUCAAUGCGAGAUUAAAAGAGGCGACGAAAGCGAAUAAUGACAUUUAUAUGCAAUCAAUUCCAGACGAAAAGGCAUUGGCGGCACUUCCUGAGAUACUCGCAGCGAAACCAAUUGAGAUGGAGAAGCUGCCGGAUAUCUUUGGAUCGAUUCUCCCUGCUAAUAUGAGUUCGGCGUUGAAUGAAUAUAACAGCAAAGUUGGUGUUAUAAUGAACGAUACACGAAUGGUCUGCGGGACGAAGAACUCGGAAGGAGAGGCAUUCUGUAAACAAGUCUGCGGGAACGGACAAAUACCACAGGACUUGAUGAACCGAAUUGCACAGAUAAACUCCACGAACGUCUGUGCGUCGAUUUCAAGUCAACUGCCGGUCGUCAAGAAAAUGGACUUGGAGACAGUCACGUUGUUUGAAAAGGCAAUAACGUCGCUCGACUCUGAAAAUGCGGAGGAGAGAAGACUGAAAGGACAAUACGGGUAUCAAUGGGUUAGAACGCCAUCAGAACAAGCGGCGUUGAAUUACAGAAAGGACGCGGAGAAGUUCAGAAUUGCACUGAAACAGGCGCAAGACAUUGAUAAGGAGAUUGAGAGGAAAUAUGGAGUGAUUAAUACACAAAUGCAAAUAGCACAAUCUGCAAAGGCUACACCCCAAACAAAUCCAGAGGAAGUUGUGAAGAAGUGGAAAGACAUUGAAGAAAGAAGAAGAAAAGCACUGAAUACGAUGGAAGAAAUCUAUUUGAAGAACGAAAAGGAUAAGAUUAAUGUCAUUAAAGGAGGAAAUGGAAGUCAAGCCGCUGUUCUCUCAUUAUUGAACGAAUUUAAUGAACCUAAAGGACAGAUCCAACAAACAUUGUUUGACCAAGAUAUGCUUAUUAAACAAAAUAGAACGACAAGUUCAAUCGAUGUGGCUGCUUUGAGAAACGCGUUGAACUCAAUUGACGAAGUAAUGAAAACAUUGGAACAAAGUUUCCAAUUCCAUAAAGACGCACAAAUCAAAAUUGCUGAAUUCCAAAGAACUUGCAACGAAUUCCAAGAAAGUAGACAACAAGAAGCAAUGAGAAUGGUCCAACAACUCAGCAACGGAACAAUUUAUCAACAAGGCCAACAACAAGCACAACAAUUCACACCACAUCAAUUCCAAAUUCCACAACAACAACAGCAGCAACAAUAUAAACAAUACCCACAACAACAAUACCAACAACAGAGUCAACAACAGUAUAACCCAAAUCCUUACGGUCAACAACAAACACAAUUCAAAACUAACCCAUACACCGUCGAUACACAACAAAGACAAAAUUCUUAUGCUCAAGCCCCUCAACAGAACUAUCAACAACAACAACCAACCUAUGGACAAGCUCCUCAACCUUAUGGACAACAACAACCACAACAACAAUAUGGACAAUACCAACAACCAGGUUAUCAACCAUAUCAGCCGUACGGACAACAAGGUAAUUUCCCGCACCUUUAA